CAAGAACCAGGUGGUUUGUGCAAGGAUAUCAGAUGAUGAAAAAUAUCUAGCUGUUGCAUGUGAGCCCAAGACAGUGACUGUGUGGUGCACACAGUCCUGGUCACUGCAGCACACCCACAACCUAGUCAAACGGCCUGUUUCUGUGGACAUCUCCAUAGACUCAAAAGUGAUCUUGGUUGCAGACAAAACAGGUGAUGUGUAUCAUUUCCCAUUAAAGGGAGGUGAACUGGAGGUGACUUCUGUUUGUCAUGACAAGCAGGAAAUGUCUCCCGAGUCUGAAAGUCAAGGAAAUGGUGAAGAGAAAAGCAAUGUGCCAGCUCUGUUGGGACAUCUUUCUAUGCUGCUUGACGUGGUAAUUUCACAGGACAGUAGAUUCGUUAUUACGUGUGACAGAGAUGAGAAGAUAAGGGUGUCACACUAUCCAAAUUCAUAUAACAUUCAAUCAUUUUGCCUUGGACACAGAGAGUUUGUUACGCAAAUUGAUCUUUUGCCAAACCAUAGUAAUCUGUUGCUGUCCUGCUCUGGGGAUGGGACAUUAAGACUGUGGGAGUAUGAAAAAGGCCUGUGUGUGGCAGUAAUAGACACUCGGGAACACACAUCCCCCAUCCUUCACCAUUUCACUAAGUACAGUGAGGAGAGAAUCAAGCAGUCGGCUGAGGCCACGCGAUAUCUCCCAGAUUAUCCUCCCCUUAGAUGUUUUGCUCUUUACCCUUGUGCGGAGGACGAGUAUCUAGUUGCUACCGUGUUAGACAAGAUUCCAUCAGUUUUGUUAUACAAGAUAAUGGACAGAAAAUUUAACUACCUCUCAACGACCUCCCUAGAGGGCUUGCCAUUGGCCCUCUCGUGGCUCAAUUCGGAAACACUUUUGGUGCAGGAGGAAUCAGAGGAGCAGCCACUAUCUGUGUACCACUGUGAGGCGGACAGGCUCAGCCGAUUGAAGGAGCACUCUCUCAUUUCCCUUGGGGUGAACCACAAACACCUCUUCUCUGAAGGAGGCCCGGGCGGCGUGAACAUGGACAUCCUGUACAAGCAGCGGUACGACAACGUGGCCGAAUACCUCAAGAAGAAGGAGGAGAGGAUUGCCCUGGCGAAGGCCGUGGAGGCGGGGCUGGUCCCUCAGCCGCCUAAGAAGGGCAGGUGGGAAUAACGUCUUAUUUUGCGAUGUGUAUGUGAUCGAGUGAUUUCAGGGGAACGUAGUUCAGAGUGAAAAUGAAUCGGAAGAAAUGAAAUGUAAAAUGGAAAUAGUCAUGGAGACAGAGGCAGUGUUGGAAUAAGAGAAGAGCAAAAAAGAAUGAUCUGGAAUAAAGGAAGAGGAAGUGAAGGCGCGCGUGUUCAGAUUAAAUCUAUCCCAUGAUUGUACUGUAUGCACGGUAACAUAUCGCCAACAAAACAUUCAAUAAACACAUUUUCGGAUAAUUGCCGUGAGAAAAACAACUGUCCAAUGCGCAUUCCCUCAGAUGUCAGUAGUUGUAUGCAACGAAGACAAGAAAGGAAAGACGGCAACAACAUGGCAUACAUCAGCAAAUAUGAACCUUCGAAUUGCAUGGAAAUUCAUAAUAAAAUCGGAAUGCACAUGCUGUAGAGGAUUCAUUAUUUCUCUAAUUACUCUUACGUAAUCGUUAUACUUAUGCUCUUUUCUUAUUGGGUUGUAUGUGUUUUUUUUUAAUGAAAACGUGAAUGUAUGUUAUGGAGGAGGUUAUAACAGUAAUAUCAUAUGUAUGUUGACAUUGUUCUUAAAAGAUUAUCAUGCAAGGAUUAGUUAAUUCAGCACCACAAAGCCGGUGGUAUAUGUUCUACCACGCAAUAUAUCUGUAUGUGAUGAUUUUAAUAUAUAUGAAUAAGAUCC